AAAAACCAUAUUUAUGUGAAACUGCCACCUUUUUCCUUCACCAAAAACAAUAAACUUGUCCUUUUCUUUCUACCUUCUGUUUCUAAGAGAGAAUAUGAAGAAGAAGAAGAAGAAGAAGAAGAAGAAGCAGCAGCAAAGGUCUAUAAGUUUUUGAACAGACAUUUGCAAAGACCAUUGCAGUAGUAGGCACAUGGUAGUGAAAAAUGAAAAUUUAGGUGCAUCUAUUUUCUCAAGCUGGGGUUCUCAAAGGAUGAUCAGAAGACUGUUGUUUUUGAAUCCCUUUUCCAUGCUUUACCAUUGAGCCAAGAGAAUUCCCACUUGCUUUGUUUCAUUCCAGGUUUGGAAUCGUAGAGCUUUACUUGUUUAUACUUCAAGUUAAAAGGUUAAAUACAAACCGUUCAUGAUCGAUUAGGUUAAACUUACUCACAAGUGCCUGAUAAAUCUCCUGUAGUAACUUGUAGUUGAGAUAAUUUACAGCCAUAAUGUGAAUCUGAUGUCCAUCUAUAAGGGAUUGUCACAUUAAGUGUCAACCUUAACUAGAAGAUAAAUCAUCAAGAAUCCCUCUUGUUUCUUCAAAAACGUUUUGGAGGAAGGUCAGCUUCUGUCUGCCGUGAGAAACACAUCCGGAGUAUUUUGAAGCUGUGGUUUAAAUGGCUAAAGCUUGUUGGCCAUACUUUGAUCCCGAGUAUGAGACCCUAAGUGCCAGAAUGAAUCCUCCAAGGGUGUCUGUGGACAACAUUAGUUGCAGACACUGUACUGUUGUAAAGAUUCACAGCGUGAAUAAACCUGGAAUAUUGCUGGAAGUUGUGCAAAUACUAACUGACCUCGACUUCACUAUUACUAAAGCGUACAUCUCCUCUGAUGGUGGAUGGUUCAUGGAUGUGUUUCACGUCACUGAUCAACAAGGGAAAAAGAUCACUGAUGGAAGAACAGUUGAUUACAUAGAAAGGGCUCUAGGACCCAAGGGCCAUGCAGCUGACGGGAUGAAAAACUGCCCUGGUAAACGUGUCGGGGUGCACUCCGUUGGUAAUCACACUGCAAUUGAACUCGUUGGGAGGGACAGACCUGGUCUAUUAUCAGAGAUCUCUGCUGUCCUUGCCGACCUUCAAUUCAAUGUUGCUGCUGCAGAAGUAUGGACACAUAAUAGGCGAAUAGCUUGCGUGCUCUAUGUCAACGAUUAUUCCACAAAUCAUGCUGUGCAUGAUCUAAACAGACUGUCUAUUAUGGAGGAGCAGCUUAAGCAUAUCCUGCGUGGUAGUGAGGAUGACGACAAAGUGGCUCGUACAAGCUUCUCCAUGGGAUUCACACACACAGACCGGAGGCUUCAUCAAAUGCUGUUUGCUGAUAGGGAUUAUGAAGGCAGUGGAGUGACAAGUGAAGUUGAUUAUCCCUCAUCCUUCAAACCCAAGGUCACAGUUGACCGUUGCGAGGAGAAGGGUUAUUCUGUUGUCAGUGUCCAGUGCAAAGAUCGAGCUAAGCUCAUGUUUGAUAUUGUCUGCACACUCACAGACAUGCAAUAUGUAGUUUUCCAUGCCAAUAUCUCAUCCAAUGGCCCCUAUGCUUCACAGGAAUAUUUUAUCCGCCACAUGGAUGGCUGCACACUUGAUGCUGAAGGAGAGAAAGAAAGAGUCAUUAAAUGUCUAGAAGCUUCAAUUCAUCGAAGAGUAAGCGAGGGUCUAAGUCUGGAGCUUUGUGCAAAGGAUAGAGUUGGUUUGUUGUCUGAAGUAACGAGGAUUCUCCGAGAGAACGGAUUGUCAGUAAGAAGAGCAGGGAUCUCUACAAUUGGGGAGGAAGCAGUGAAUGUUUUUUACGUGAGAGACACUUACGGGAACCCAGUAGAAUCGAAGAAAAUCGAAGCACUCCGCAGGGAAAUCGGGCACACGAUGAUGCUUAAUGUAAAGAAGGAUCCAGGCAGUGCCAAAGCACCCGAGGCUGAGGCUAUUAGUACUGGAUGGGCCAAGACAAGUUUUUUCUUUGGAAACUUACUGGAUAAGUUGCUGGCAUGAUCAAAGAAAAUGAAAUAUCUCCAUGUUUGACUGUAACAGAAACUCUGAACUGUCUACAAUAAAUUCAAGCUUUUGCAUA